AUGUCCGCAGCAAAUGAUCAAUCAAUCGAUACAAAUAUCACCACCUUAUCUACUUUUAUAUUAAACAGUCAAAAAGAACUGGGUACCACCAAGAAUGCUACUGGUGAUUUAACUCUAUUAUUGAACUCUUUGCAAUUCGCCUUCAAAUUUAUCUCUCAUACCAUAAACAAGUCAGAACUAAUUAAUUUAAUUGGUGUAAAUAACACAAUAAAUAGUACUGGCGAUGUACAAAAGAAAUUGGAUGUUUUGGGUGAUGAAAUUUUCAUUAAUGCCAUGAGAAAUAGUGGUAAAGUAAAAGUACUAGUUAGUGAAGAGCAAGAGGAUUUGAUUAUUUUUGAUGAGGCCACAGGCGCCAAAUAUUGUGUUUGUUGUGAUCCAAUCGAUGGUAGUUCCAAUAUCGAUGCUGGUGUUUCUGUGGGUACCAUUGUCUCUGUUUUCAAAAUUAGAGAAAAUAGUGAUGGUACUAUCCACGAUGUUUUGAGAAGUGGUGAUGACAUGGUAGUUGCUUGUUAUGCCAUGUAUGGUGCCUCUACCCAUUUGAUGAUCACUUUUGGCAACGGGUUGAAUGGGUUUACCUUGGACACUUCUUUGGGUGAAUUUAUUUUAACUUAUAAAGAUAUGAAAUUGCCUGAAUUAAGGAGUAUUUAUUCGAUCAAUGAGGGUAAUUACUCGGGUUGGGCUCCUGAGAUCCAGAAUUUUAUCGAUGAUUUGAAAAAGACCAAACAAUAUAAUGCACGUUACAUUGGUUCAAUGGUUGCUGAUGUUCAUAGAACGUUGUUGUAUGGUGGUUUGUUUUCGUAUCCUGCUGAUGGUAAAAACAAAAAUGGUAAAUUAAGAUUGUUAUAUGAAGCGUUCCCAAUGGCUCUAAUUGUAGAACAGGCUGGUGGUAAAGCUGUGAAUGACAAGGGCAAACGUAUCUUGGAUUUAACUCCAAAAAAUAUUCACGACAAAAGCAGUAUUUGGUUAGGAUCAAGUGGUGAAGUUGACAAGUAUUUGAGUUAUAUCAAGAAAUGA